AUGGCGGCCGCGGCGACGGGCGACGAGUCCAUCCUCAACAGCGAAGUCGGCCGCCAGAACAACGAGAGCCUGCUAUGGGGCCCCUACCGCCCCAACCUCUACUUUGGUGUGCGCCCCAGGAUACCAAAGAGCCUGAUGACGGGCUUGAUGUGGGGCAAGGUCGAGACAUACACGGACCUGCAGAACUAUGUGCGGUACACGUGCGAGCAGAACGAGGGCAUGAAGGGAUACGGCUGGGACGAGUACGACACCAGGGAUGGCGGUAUCCAGUCCAUCCAUGACAAGGAGAACGGCCUCGACCUCACCAUCUCCUUCGUCAAGGUCCCCGGCGGCACACACGGCGGCGGCUGGGCCGCGCGCAUCAAGGGCGAGCUGAACGAAGAUACCCCUAGGGACCAGAAGACCAUGGUUGUUCUGUACGUCACCCAGGAGGGCGGCGGCGAGCUCGAGGCCCUCGCAGGCGACAGCGACAAGGGCUACGAGGACGACGACGUCACCCUCAGGGGCGCCUCCGACGCCCUCGGCGGCUACAAGCUCGUCGUCACAAAGGGCCAGGGCAUCCAGCCCAAGAGCGACCACCCGCUGUCCGAGCCCAGAGGCUCCGGUCAGACCGUCGUGCAGUCGCUGACCUACCCCGACGACGUCCUUUGGCAGGGUAAGCCCAUUCUCUUCAAGCAGCUUAAGGAGGGCGUCGACUGGCUGGUGGAGAACGGCUUCGACACCGAAAACGCCCCUCCCGCCUGGCAGGUGUACCAGCUCGCCAACCGUCCGGGCGCCGGAAACGUUCAGAUCGUCGAGAAGGUCUACGAGGGCAACUUCGAGUUCGACGUGCUCUUCUCCAGCACGUCGGCCGACGCAGAAGUCACAAGCGCCGACCUGACGCGCGAGAUCAAGGACACGACCGAGUCCUUCGCCGAGCGCUUCUCGAGCGUCUUCUCCUUCAAGGCCCCCUUCACCGCCGCCAAGUACGACAAGUUUGGCCGCAGCAUGUUCUCCAACCUGAUUGGCGGCAUUGGCUACUUCUACGGCGAGUCUCUUGUCGACCGCUCGUACGCGCCAGAGUACGACGAGGAGAAUGAGGGCUUCUGGGAAGAGACGGCCGCUGCCCGCGCCCGCCGCCAGGAAGCCCCCGAAGGCCCGUACGAGCUCUUCACAAGUAUUCCGUCCCGGCCCUUCUUCCCGCGCGGCUUCCUGUGGGACGAGGGCUUCCACCUGCUGCCCAUCGCCGACUGGGACAUCGACUUGACCCUCGAGAUUGUCAAGAGCUGGUUCAACCUGAUGGAUGAGGACGGCUGGAUUGGCCGCGAGCAGAUCCUCGGCGCAGAGGCCAGGAGCAAGGUCCCGCAGGAGUUCCAGACACAGUACCCCCACUACGCGAACCCGCCAACGCUGUUCCUCGUCGUCGAUGCCUUCAUCGAGAAGCUGCAGCGAGCGGCCAACGGGACCUUGCCCGCGACGAGGGAACGUCUCUCGCAGAGCCCCUCACCCUCCCUCUCGACCGCCUCGCUCGACAACCCCGAGGUCGGACUCGAGUCUCUCCGCCGGCUCUACCCGCUCCUCCGCCGGCAGUUUGACUGGUUCAGGAAGACCCAGGCCGGCGACAUCAAGUCGUACGACCGCCCCGCGUACUCUACAAAGGAGGCGUACCGGUGGCGCGGGCGGACCGUGACGCACUGCCUGACCAGUGGCCUCGACGACUACCCGCGCCCGCAGCCGCCGCACCCGGGCGAGCUGCACGUCGAUCUCCUGUCGUGGGUGGGCAUGAUGGCCAAGUCGCUGGUCAACAUCGCUAAGGUCGUCGACCUGCCCGAGGAGGCUCACGAGGUCGCAAAGGUGCUCGACGCCGUCGAGCACAACCUUGACGACCUGCACUGGUCCGCCACGGACGGCUGCUACUGCGAUGCCACCGUCGACGACUUUGAAGAGAACAAGCUAGUCUGCCACAAAGGCUACAUCUCGCUCUUCCCCUUCCUGACCGGCCUGCUCCGCCCCGACAGCCCCCGGCUCGAGGGGAUCCUCCGCCUGCUCGGCGACGAGGACGAGCUCUUCAGCUCCCACGGCCUCCGCAGCCUCAGCAAGAAGGACGAGUUCUACGGCACCGCUGAGAACUACUGGCGCAGCCCCGUGUGGAUCAACAUCAACUACAUGGCGAUAGUCCAGCUUCACAACCUCGCCACGCAAGACGGCCCCCACCGCGAAACCGCAAGGGACCUCUACACGCGCCUGCGCAGAAACGUCGUCGACACCGUCUACGCCAGCUGGGCCGACACGGGCUUCGCCUGGGAGCAGUACAACCCCGAGACGGGCCAGGGCCAGCGCACCCAGCACUUUACGGGCUGGACCAGCCUGGUCGUCAAGGUCAUGGCCAUGGACGAUCUUGAGGUUGGCGGCGGCGCUGCGAAGCAUGCGCGCGAUGAGCUAUAG